AUGGCGGAUAUCAACGUUGACGAGGUUCUGAAGAACCUCUCCAUGGGAGAGAAGGUUGAUCUCCUUGCAGGCGUCGACUUCUGGCACACCAAGGGCCUUCCCCAGCAUGGGAUCCCUUCGCUGCGUCUCUCAGACGGCCCCAACGGUGUUCGAGGCACCAAAUUCUUCAACGGCGCGAAGGCUGCUUGCUUCCCCUGCGGCACUGCUCUGGGUGCCACAUUCAACCAGAGCCUGCUUCUAGAGGCAGGAAAGAAGAUGGGAGAGGAGGCCAAGGUCAAGGGAGCCCACGUCAUCUUGGGUCCGACUAUCAACAUGCAGCGAGGUCCCCUUGGCGGCAGAGGUUUCGAGUCUCUUGGAGAAGACCCUUUCCUCGCUGGCUUGGGAGCCGCUGCUCUGAUCAAUGGCAUCCAAUCGACUGGUGUUCAGGCCACCAUCAAGCAUUUCGUAUGCAACGAUCACGAGCACAAGCGAAAUGCAGUACAGGCCAUGAUCUCUGAGCGGGCUCUCCGCGAGAUUUAUGCACUGCCGUUCCAGCUGACAGUCCGUGACUCCAACCCUGGAUCGUUCAUGACAGCUUAUAAUGGAGUAAACGGCACUUAUUGCUCAGAGAACCCGAAGCUUCUCGAGCAGAUGCUGCGAGGCGAAUGGGGCUGGAAAGGCAUGGUCAUGAGCGACUGGUAUGGAACCUACACUACUACUGAGGCGGCCAUUGCUGGGCUGGAUCUUGAGAUGCCCGGUCCGCCUCGAUACAGAGGUGAUCCGCUCAAGUUCAGCGUCACUACCGACAAGGUUCGCACCCACAUUCUGGAUCAGCGGGUCAGAACUAUGCUGGAGUUUAUCAAGACCUGUGCCGCUAGUGGCGUCAAGGAGAACGCCCCCGAGGGCACAGCCGAUACUCCUGAAACUGCAGAACUCCUUCGACGCAUCGGAAACGAAGGCAUCGUUCUCAUGAAGAACGAUAACAGUGUUCUGCCCUUGCUAAAGGAUCAAAAGACCCUCGUCAUUGGACCUAAUGCCAAGAUUGCGACCUACCACGGAGGAGGUUCUGCCUCGCUGGAUGCGUACUACGCCAUCACUCCCUUCGAUGGCAUCAGCAGCAAGCUAUCCUCCCCUCCCGACUACACGAUUGGCCAAUACUCUCACAAGCUGCUCCCGCUACUAGGCCUCUCUACCACAUCAACGAAGGGAAAUCAGGGUAUGACGAUGAAGGUCUACCUCGAGAGUCCCGAGGCUUCAGACCGACAAGCGGUUGACGAAUUGGAGUUGCCCAAGACCGAGAUGCUCCUCGUUGAUUACGAGAACCCGAAGAUCAAGUCUGGCCUGUGGUAUGCAACACUCGAAGGCUCUCUCGUGGCGGAUGAGGACUGCACUUGGACGUUCGGUGUCGUUGUCUCUGGAACGGCAAACCUUUACAUCGACGACAAGCUGGUUAUCGACAACACCACGGAGCAGAAGCCAGGCGACGCCUUCUUUGGAAGUGCCACUGCCGAAGAGAAGGCAUUCUACGAGUUCAAGAAAGGCAAGACAUACAAGGUCAAGGUCACGUUCGGAUCAGCACCGACAUCCAAGCUGGGCGGUAGUUCCGUCCUGCUUGCUGGAGGUGCGCUGAGAGUAGGAGGAUGCAAGGUGAUCGAUCCCAAGGCAGAGAUCGCUCAUGCUGUGGCUCUUGCGAAGGACGCGGAGCAGGUCAUUAUCUGUGCCGGACUCAACGCCGAAUGGGAAACCGAAGGCAACGAUCGCAACGACAUGAAGCUCCCUCCCGGUCUGGAUGACCUGAUCGCUGCCGUUGCCAAGGCUAACCCCAAUACUGUCGUCGUCAUGCAGUCUGGCACCCCGGUCGAGAUGCCCUGGAUAGACGACGUCAACGCUCUCAUCCACGCCUGGUAUGGGGGCAACGAGACUGGAAACACGAUCGCUGAUAUCUUGUUCGCCGACGCGUACCCAUCUGGAAAGCUAAGCUUGAGCUUCCCAAUUCGCAACCAGGACAACCCGGCCUUCCUGAACUACCGCACUGAAGGCGGACGCGUUGUCUAUGGAGAGGAUAUCUACAUUGGCUACAGAUACUACGAAUUCGCCGACCGCGAGGUUCUGUUCCCCUUCGGCCACGGCCUGAGCUACACGACCUUUUCCUUCUACGACUUGUCUGUCACAGACGCUGAUGGCAAGUUGACCGUUUCCGUCACGGUCGAGAACACGGGUAUCAUGAAGGGUGCCGAGGUGGCGCAGGUCUACGUCGCUCCGAGGCAGAAGGCCAAGGUUAACCGACCUAUUAAGGAGAUGAAGGGUUUUGCUAAGGUAGAGCUCGCUCCGGGCGAGAGAAAGUUGAUCACGGUCGACAUCUCCACCAAGUACGCGGCCAGCUACUGGGACGAGAUGCGUGACCAAUGGUGUGCGGAGGAAGGCGAGUACGCGGUUAUCGUCAGUAACAGCAGCGCGAUCGACGAGAACAAGGCCCUUCAGGCCUCAUUCAAGGUUCCCGAGACGUUUUGGUGGUCUGGCUUGUGA